CGUUGGCCAAUAUUGACUUUGCACGUGGAUUAAUAAAGUAAAAACUGUGUGAUUAAAAUUUGUGCAGAGGAGAGAGAACUAACAUUAGACACAUAUUCCAUAUUUUAAAUGGAAAUGAUAAACCUUUUCGGAACGGUCAAAAUAGGAAAUUUGGCCAACCAUUUUGGGACGGAUGAGUAUUUUGGAAUGAAAUAUGAGGUCUAGAGUAUUCCUAUUACGUGUACUGGAUUACUGGACAGUGGACACCUUUGUAGCCUUGUACUCCGUAAAACAUUUAUCAGUUAUCUACGGCCGCCGAGCCGUUACAUACAAGCGGCAUUUUUCACACCGAAACCCUAAUCGGAAGAUCAUUCAAAUCACCGACGAAAUGGGAGUCGAGAAGGAACUUGUGAGGGCAGGUACCGGUCCCAAGCCAGUUCGUGGUCAGACCGUCACCGUCCACUGCACCGGCUACGGCAAAAAGGGAGAUCUUUCUCAGAAAUUCUGGAGCACAAAAGAUCCUGGGCAAAAGCCUUUUACUUUUCAAAUUGGUCAGGGACAAGUUAUCAAAGGGUGGGAUGAAGGUGUCUUGGACAUGCAAGUAGGAGAAUUAGCUUUGUUAAAGUGCACUCCCGACUAUGCCUAUGGUGCUGGGGGAUUUCCAGCUUGGGGUAUACAGCCCAAUUCGCAUCUCAACUUUGAGAUUGAAGUCCUGCGUGUUGAAUAAUCCUAGCAGUUGAAAAUCUCAUCACCUUCUUCACUCUUUACUCUUUAUUAUCAUGUACAAUGCAAAUCUGACUGCCACCUUUUCUUCAUGCUCUAUCAUAAAUUACCUUUGUUAAGACAGAAACUUCCUGCAUAAAUGGGAGUUUAUCAAUUAUCAUACACGUGUUUACUUGUGUUGGGUAUAAUUCAUAAUUAAGCUAUGUUGCGGUUAUGAUUA